GGCAGCGGACAGCGACCGCAGCGACACUCGGCAGCGGGGCGGGCGGACAGCGCCUGAUCAGCGGCCCGCACACACAUACAUACACACGCAUACACGCUCUCUCCACGCCGGGGCUGCAAGGCCCACGCUCAGAGCUCCCCCCCUACCCCUCCCCCCUGGCUGCGGCCCCGUCUCUUCUCAGCGACCGCGGCCUCUUCCCACCUUCCUUCCCUCCCUCUCCCCGGCGGCGGCGCCAGCAGCCGGGAGCAGGGCGCCGGGCGGUCAUGGCUCACCAGCAGACCAGCAGCUCCCAAAAGGCGCUGAUGUUGGAGCUGAAGAGCCUGCAGGAGGAGCCAGUGGAGGGGUUCCGCAUCACCCUAGUCGAUGAAUCCGACUUGUACAACUGGGAGGUGGCGAUCUUCGGGCCGCCCAACACGCAUUACGAGGGGGGCUACUUCAAGGCUCAGCUGAUGUUCCCCAUUGAUUAUCCCUACUCUCCGCCAUCAUUCCGCUUCCUCACCAAGAUGUGGCAUCCGAAUAUCUACGAGAAUGGGGACGUGUGCAUUUCGAUUCUGCAUCCGCCUAUCGAUGACCCCCAAAGCGGGGAACUACCCUCUGAGAGAUGGAACCCCACACAGAACGUCAGGACGAUUCUCCUCAGCGUCAUCUCCCUGUUAAACGAGCCAAACACCUUUUCCCCUGCCAACGUGGACGCCUCGGUGAUGUUCAGAAAAUGGAGAGAUAGUAAAGGAAAGGAUAGAGAAUAUGCAGAGAUUAUUAGGAAGCAGGUCCUGGCCACCAAGGCGGAGGCAGACAAGGACGGGGUGAAGGUGCCGACCACGCUGGCGGAGUACUGCGUGAAGACGCGGGCGCCCCCGCACGACAACAGCUCGGACCUGCUGUACGACGACCUGUACGACGAUGACAUGGACGAGGAGGAGGAGGACGGAGACGGGGACUUCCUCGACGACGAGGAUGACUCGGGCAACGAGGAGUCGUGACCAAUGCCCCGGGAGGGGGGGUGAUGACUGGCCGACCCCUGACUCUCGCCCUCCCCACCCCCCCCAUUCCCAACGCUGGGCUGCCCUGGCUCUGGGACCCGACACCCACCCUCCCCCACCCACCGCUCCUCCCGAGUGCGACCCUCGCCCAGCCCCUCCCCAGUAAAAUAUUUGGGCACCGAGUCGCAUAGACACUGCUCGUCCGCAACAAAACUCUUCCCGCUGUGAGCCUGUGGCCGGGAGGGGUGUGUGUGUGUGCUUGUGCGCGUGUGCGUGCGCGCACGUGUGUGUGUGUGUGUGAGGGAGGGUGCUUGUAUUCUUGUCCUUGUUUCUUAAGUCCGAUGGUGAAACAUUUAUGGGGUGGUGUGGCAUCGCCCCAUGUAAUAUGCUGAUAAAGAUUGUCUCUGGUGAUACUUUCUA